AUGGCCUUGGCGGACUUGCAGCCCUCUGCUUUGCAGCAUUCUGCUGCAGCCGUCACAGGAGGGAUCUUCUUGGCCAUCUGCUUCAUCCUUCGAAAACGCGGUCCUUAUGUUGUUACAGCAACGUGCUUAUUUGUGGCCAGUUUGGUCAGCACGCAGAUCCUGAUGAGCAGGUUGAGCUCGUUCUACAAGCAUCCAGGUGCCGUCACCACCCUUCACUUCUUCUGUGUGUGGCUCACCUGCUGUGCCUACUGGUCCGUUUCUGGGAGCAAGGCUGACGUCAGUGAAGCACGCACGAAUGAGUGGUUUGUCCGGAAUAUCGUUCCAAUCGCCUUGAGCAAUCCCCUGACGGUGAUAUUCAACAACACUGCCCUGGUGUACGCUGGAGCCGGGGUCUGUGCCAUUCUAGGCACUCUUUCCCCCGUGAGUGUGGCCGUGCUGUCUUUUGCAGUUGGUCGGCGGCUGAGCUGGAUGUCCUGGGGGGGCAUCUGGCUGGCCUUCUCGGGUGCUCUGGUCAUCGCAGCGGGCGAAGUGAAGUCCAUCCAAUCCCAGGCCGCACCGCAGCGGACCCUCAUAGGAAUUCUCUUUGCGCUGGCCUCCGUUGGCACUCGCUCUCUGAAAAUUGUGGUCAUGGAUUUCCUUCUGGCGCCGAUGGAGUAUGCUUCGGAACUGACCCCGCUGACGGAAGUGCCGCUGAGCCCUAUGCAGCUUUAUUCCUUGCAAGCACCCUGGUGCGUGCUGACGGCCUUUCUCUACGCAGUUUGCACAGACAGCUUCCAGAUGGCCUUCCUGGAGCUCACGUCCCAGUCUGCCCUCUUGAUCUUCCUGACCUGCCUCAGCGCCGUCUCCCUGAACUUUCUGGGAGUCCUGGCACUCAAGGAGCUGGGGGCAAGCUCCCAACAGAUCCUCGGCAAGCUGAAUACCAUCUGCGUCGGGGCGAUCUCUGUGGGCUAUUUGAACGAGAAGCUCUCCAUGACCGUGGUCGUGGGAUCGGCGAUCGUCUUAUCGGGAGCUGCCCUGGUCGAGCUUGGCAAAGAAACGAAGGAGUUGCCACAGCCGCCACAGCCCAACAAGGUUUGA